GGAUUAUAAAGGCUGAGCUCACAUUAAGAACUCGAAACGUUCAUUGGUCGUUCACAGCACAUGAAUGGUAUUGUGGUAGGUUUUGGCUGACUCACAAGUUUAUGAUUUGCUAGCUAACGUUAACCAACAUACAUCAAACUGAAGAUGGCUACUGUCGGUCUGAAGUGUCCGGAGUGUGGCUCGCUCGACAUAGUGGACGACGAACAUUAUUCACAACCACAACUUGUAUGUGCAGAUUGUGGCGCUGUGGUAUCCGAAGGUCUACUCACCACUACCCGAAGUGAAGAGACACAGGGCACAGAUGUAAGAUACACUAAUAGCACAGAAGUGGACAAGAAGCCAUGCCGUAAUCUAAUCAAUGGCAUACACCGGGUGCGUGCUCUCUGUCGUAUUCUCAGGCUCACUUUCCUCAUGGAGGAGACUGCAGAGACCCAUUUUAAGCAGGCCUAUGAGCACCCUAACUUCAUCAGGGUCAGCCUGCAGAAGAAAGAGGUUCUGGCAGGAUGCUGCGUGCUGGCGACCUGCAGGCAGCACAGCUGGCCCAUCGCCAUGGGAACCAUUUGUUGUCUCCUGGAGGCGAACCCCAGGCUGAUAGGUGUGGUCUACCAGGAGAUGGUGAAGAUUCUGAAGAUAGAGGCUCCCCCCACCAGUAUCAUUGACCUACUGGAGACACACUGUCAGGCAUACAAACUAAGCCCUCAACAUGUCCAUGAAGAGUUGUCAGAGUCCUCCAAGGAUUUGACAAAGCGAGCUGCUGUCCUGUUGGAGCUGGCUGCAGAUGCCUGGCUAGUGACUGGCCGCCAGCCCAUCCCCAUCCUCACGGCCUCCAUCUUCCUGGCUUGGCAGUCCCUGAAACCCACCCAGGCCCGGCUCAAAUACACACUGGCCAGGUUCUGCCAGAUGGCCAAAGUGACCAAGUCCUCCAUAGCGCCGAAGCGGGUGACUGAGCUGAAGGAGGUGCUGUGUAAGCUGGGCCAGGAGCUGCCCUGGCUGAGGGGGGAUGAGGUGACACCCCAGACUGUGAUCCAGAUGGUGGAUGACAUCCUGAACCAUAGACUCACGCUACUGAGGAGGGCCCUGAGCAGUCACGAGGAAGCCCUGGCCUCUGAAUCCGUACUCCCACCAAGCUUAGAGAACUCCCUACCUGGAUCCCACACCAACACACCCUGCCUGGAGGGUGCAGCUUCAUCCCAGACCCCAGGGCAGACCCCUAAAGAACCCUUUGUGGGAGAACCAGACACAGGGAGCAUCCAGCAACAAGGAGAUGUUGACCUGACAUACACUGUUGUAAUGGAGGGGUUGCCACAUACGGGGCCUGGCACAGACUCCCAGCACAGCCAGCCCUCAGCACCAAACUCUGGCAAGAGGAGUUUGUUUGAACCCCCUUCUGUGAGGUACGCUAAGAUAAGGAGGGUGCAGGUCCCGGUGGUGGAGGUGACUGGUGAUGAGGAGAUCUCAGACAGUGAGAUUGACAGUUACAUCCGUACUCCUCAGGAGAUCAGAGACUAUGUUGAGGCUAAAGAGGCAUUAGCUUCCUCUGAUGAUGAGUUCUGACAGGAAGGGAUCACAUUGUAACCAGGUGACUUAGCUAUACUGCGCUGUCUGAUCUGUAAUGCAUUAUAAUGCAACUAUUUGGCUGACUAUUUUGUAUGAAUAUUGAAUAAUCUCUUGUACCCUUCAGGUCAUAAGGCAACACAUUAAAUCUACUUAUUUCAAAACACUCA